AUUGAAAACAGCGUACCGAGAUGAAGUCGAGCGCCGCUACCGUAGAGGUCUGACGAAUAUCAACAAAGAACACUUCACUGCCAUAUACAGUCGUGCGAGAGAAAGGGCGAUGACGAAGAAGAAUAUACUUGCUGGCUAGGCAAAGACCGGCCUCUUUCCUUAUAACCCUUCGAGGGUUCUUCGUGAUAUCGUAAAGCCAGACGCUCCGCUGACCAUUCAGGUCUCCCACAAUGUCGGAAGCACACAGAAUGGAGUAACCCAGACACCAGUGAUGCCCGUGUCAUCAGAAGCAGUGGCACAACUGCUGAGCCUCAUCAAGCAAGAUUCUCAUAGUGAUAAGCCAAUUGAAUUACGUCGUCAUAGACUGAUUCAGAAGCUUGCCAACGCUGCCGAAAGGUCUAUUGCCCAACAAGCCCUUGACCAGAAUUAUAUUAGGCUUCUCAAGGCUGCCAAUAACGAGGCUAAGACUCGCCGAAAUACAAAGUCAGAUAUCCUGAAGAAGCCUGGGAAGAACGGCGAAGGACGAGUAAUGAGACAGGAAGAUCUCGAAGCAAUUCGGGCGGACCGCGCAGAACGUGCUAAACAAGAUGCUGUCAAAAAGGCUGUAGGUAAAGCAAAGCGCGGCCGGCCAAAGGCAACGACGCAGGCAGACGGAGGUGAAUCAGGGAAGAAACGUGGUCGGAAGCGUAAAAUUGUCGCGGCCGGAGGAGCUGUUCCAGAUGAGCAGGAAGUAGGCGUGUCGGGACCCUCAAAUAAAGCAGCGCAAGCAAGCGAUGCGCUUAUUGAUCCGAUGCUGGAAACGUGGAGAGCACCUGUGGCACAGAUGUGGUGACGAUAGAGGGACAUACCGAUCACGCUCAGCAUGUUCCAGACAUGAACGUAGACCUAUAAUGUGAAGGCAAUU